AUGGCAUCUCUGCUCCCUAUAAUUCCCCGCUAUUUCCUCUGCCUCGUUGAACCCACGCUGUUUAUCCUUGCGUUCGUAACAACCUCUAUGUUCCUAUCAUACUACGUGUCCACCCUAUCAAAGCUCGCACCACUACAUCGUCUGCUACCAACCGAACGGAUCCUUACAUUCCAAUUUAGCAAACUUUUCUUCUUGAUCGCCGUCAUUGAACUCUAUAUCUUCUACACAAAGACGGAUACUAAGGCAGUGUAA